UCCGCGCCCCGCAGUCGAUUAACGACAGCGCUCCGCGAUGGUUUGCCGCAACAUGUGCAGAUGUCAGGGACGCUCGAUAGAAUUGCUUUAGAUUUAAUUAUUUUUUUAAAUGUAUUCCUCCGUCACUUAGGGUUUCAGAAUGACUAUAAUAGUGUUUUUAAUUGAUACAUCAGCUUCAAUGAAUCAAAGAGCCUUUUCAAGUGGUCACCCAACUCUCCUGGAUGUCGCCAAAACUGCAGUCGAGACGUUUGUCAAGGUUCGCCAGAGAUCACCAGAAAGUCGUGGUGACAGGUAUAUGUUACUCACCUUUGAAGAACCACCAGCCAAUAUCAAAGCUGGGUGGAAAGAAAACCUGACAACAUUCAUGACGGAGCUGAAGAAUUUGCAAUGCUGUGAUAUGACCCUAAUGGGGGCUGCCUUAAGACAUGCCUUUGAUGUGUUGAACAUAAAUAGAAUGCAAACAGGCAUCGAUACUUAUGGCCAGGGUCGAAGUCCUUUCUUCUUAGAGCCGGCCUUAAUUGUCGUAAUCACGGACGGUGGUAAAUUAUCAAAUUCUUCUGGCGUCCAAGAGGAGAUAACUUUGCCAAUGAAUGCACCGAUUCCAGGCUCUGAGAUGACUCGAGAACCAUUCAGGUGGGACCAGCGCUUAUUUUCUCUAGUUUUACGACUUACGGGUACCCCAGCUGUGGACCGUGACACUGGACUAGUCCCCAGUGACUCCUCGCCAAUCGACGCAAUGUGUGAGGUGACCGGGGGCCGGUCUUACUGCAUCACUUCGCAUAGAAUGCUCAUGCAGUGCAUUGACAGUCUUGUGGCCAAGGUUCAAAGCGGUGUAGUUAUAAAUUUUGAAAAGAUGGGACCUGAUCCACCGCCUUUACCUAAUGAAAUCAAAUCAGAAAAACCAGAUAUAGAUGGAGAUAUCGAGAUGGAAUGGGACAGUAAAGACGGGCUCAAUAUAAUUAACCACGCUGAUAAAAUCAACAUAAAUCAAAAUGGAGCUAGACCAGGCAACAAUGGAACUAACAUGUCCCCAGCUUUAGGAGUAACAUUGAACAAUACAGCAUGGCACAGUUGCAGAAAGCUCAUUUAUGUACCUCGAUCAGGUCAGAAAGCGUUUGCUGUCGGAUACUGGCCAAUACCAGAGGCAUUUUGGCCUGACCCCACUGCUUCCUCGCUGCCACCUCGUUCAGCUCAUCCGAAUGUGAAAUUCACUUGCACAAGUCACGAGCCAAUGGUGAUUGAAAAUCUACCUUUUGAUAAGUAUGAGCUAGAGCCGUGCCCCUUGACUCAAUACAUGUUAGCCCGUAAACAGCCCACUGUUUGUUGGCAAGUUUUCAUACCAUCCAGUCAUAAAAAUAGUGAAGCUGCUCAUCCGUUUGGUUACCUCAAAUCCUCAACAAACUUGUCCUGUGUCAAUUUAUUCGUCAUGCCGUAUAACUACCCCGUCAUUUUGCCGUUGUUAGAUGAACUUUUUAAAGUCCAUAGGUUCAAAUACACUCCCGAAUGGCGGACAGCAUUCCAGAAGUACAUCAAUUCUAUGCCUUGUUACUAUGCUGCUCCUCUACGUCGUGCUUUGACAAGGAUGGGCGCACCGCCGGCCCUAGCUCAGAGUUUGAUCCCAGACUCGGCAGAAAAUUCCCUUAGUUUUUCAAUUUUAAACUACCUCAAAAGACUAAAAAAUCAAGCCAAGACUGAAUUUGAUCGUUUAUGUAAUGAUGUUAGCAAUCGUUUGUCUUCCAAUAAUAAACCAAUAGCUGGGCCAGCGUUAGAGGGUAUCAGAGUAACGCAAAGGUCACAUCUCAAGAGGGAUUUAAUCUCUCAUCCUGCCCUUUUAGAUAAUUUUAGCGCCAUGCGAGAUCAACUCAAUGAUUUCGGCGGAUUUGUAGUGAAUGUUUCCAGGAAUCGAUUGCAAAAUAGACGAGCUGGUAGACAGAGUUACCGAAACCCAUUUGAUAUCCCCCGUCCAACAUUAUUAGACCAAGUAUUUCGCAUGAGGUCAAAUUUCCUCCAGUCGGCGCUUAAUAGGACUAAACUAAUUGAUGAUGAUCAUGUGCACAGUAUGCCUGUCAGUCAAAUGGGCAACUAUCAAGAGUAUUUGAAGAGGAUGCAGCCUCAACUACGUGAAGUAGAAUCAACGCCUGUUAGACAACAUAUGUUUGGAAAUCCGUUUAAAAUCGACAAGCGGAUGAUGAUGGUGGACGAAGCUGAUAUUGAUCUAGUCGGAGGCGGAGGUAGCUCACCAGCAAAGGGAGGAACCAAGCGAGGAGCGAGCGAAAAUGUGGCCCCGACACGGCCUCCGCCGAGCAAGCGCAAAGCGGGUCCUAUUCCACGCCAUGUCACAUUCCGCAGAUCUCCGUCAGUGACCAGCUCCAGUUGUGGAGACUCGCCUCCCCCGACGCCACCCCCUACUCCUCCCCCAAUCAUGCCAGUCAUGCCUUUAGUCAAUGGUGAUCUAGAUAGUCUUAGUAGAAGUUUGAAAAGAGAGCGACCUGGCUCGCGGUCACCUUCUCCUCCGCUGGCAGACGUGCCACCACCAAUCCUCCAGCCGUACGAUGGGAGCCUAGCAUCGAGUGAAUCCAACCAGCGCAGCGUCCUGCCAAGUCCAGACCCUGUGCCCCCAAAACUGGAAGAGCUCGAGACGCCAUUCAAAGAGUUCAACGAUUAUAGCCCUGCAUACACCAACAGUAACCAUAACUAUAACCCUCCUCCUCCCCCUCCCCCUCUCCCCCCUAACUGUAAAGCUGAUAGCAUAAUUGAUUCAGCUCAGGUUAAAAAGCAUAACAUGAAUUUGCGGGCGCUCGCGUUUAAAGAGAUUAAGAAACCCGGCAGAAAUUCACUGAGGGUCUUUGCGCUGAAGCCACUGAACAGAUCAACCGCUGGUUAUUUGAAGCCCCGGUCCCGUUUGAGACUGGAUUAUGAAGCCCUGUUUCGGCACGUGAAGUCGCUGAAAGGCUCCCCACAAAUCCAAGCGCAAACCAUUCAAGACAUAAUUGAAGAAUCCUUGAGGUUCAAGCGUCAACAUCUUGCCAGUGUCCUGGAUAACCAUAUGCAAGAAAUUUUAGGUAUGGAGAAAUUUCAACUAAUGGACAACGGAGCCAGAUGAGGUCUUUGGAUCAGCCCGUAAGUUUGGAAAGAGCUUAUAUCCUAAGGGAUUACGGGUCAAUUAAAAUCCGUUGAAGCCUUUUACUCAUUUCCCGGUCUCUAAGUAUUCAAAACCAGUGGUUUGUUUCAUAGAUAGUGGAAUUUGAUGAGAGUACAAUGCGAUGGUCCUAUUUAUCAUUCCAUUUGUUGCGCAAGUUGCCAGAACGGUAACCAUCCAUUUGAUCAGAAUAAAUCUGUGUGUGAUGUCAGGGUGAAGAGUGCUUGCUGCGAGGGAGUGGAAGAAGUUCAGAUGAACUCAAGGAACCAGUGGAAACAUGAUUUAUCUUCCUCUGACCAGUUUGCUGAUUGUCUCUCAGGUACUGAUCUGCAAUUAAGAGUUUGGCCACAUUUCAGCUUCGAACCUUCCCGUCAAGUUUUGUAAAAUUGAGAAAAAGUUUUUUCUUAACUAAGAUAAAGACGAUCAAACCCUUUGCUUGGCUUCAGUCUACUUUGCUCUUUCAUCCAGUGUAUUAACUGAAGUCAUUAAUUUUACUGGAGGCAGAAAGAUGCUGUUGCCUAGUAUCAUCACUCAGGUCAUUUUUUCCUUAAGAACAGAUGUUGCAAACAUUAGAAAAAUUUCUCAAAACCUAUUAAGUAGACUGUCCUGGGCGAAUCUACUUGAUAAAAAAAAGUAUGCUUGUUCCAAGUAUUUAAGAGUAUUAGUGAUGAUAUUUUGCAGGCAACAUGCUUAGAGGAAAUUUGAUAAGAAUAUGUUGAUCAAUCAAAAUCCACUUCGAAUGUACCAAAAUUUUUCAUCAUGGCUUCACAAUGUCAGCAUUUUUGGGAGUCCUGGGAGUCCAAAAAUGACUGGCAGUCUUGCCGGAAGGGAGAAGUGUUGUUUUAGAUUUCUUUUUCUUCUUUUUGUCCAGAAACUUGAUAUUUGUGAUUUGUUCUGCUGUCUCACACACCUUUGCUGAAUAUUUGUGGGAAAAAUCAGUAUUUUUUGACAGGCUAAGUAAUCCAUGAUAAUUGUAGAGGAAUACCUAGCAAACAUUUCUAAGACUGUUCAACCAGGUCAUAGGUAACUAAAUGAAAUGGUACAGUUUCGAAAUUAAGUAACUGACUCCGGUCCUUUUGCAAGGAAUCAAUUAAUUCCAUCCAUGUUUUGAGGAUUUGAAUUUCUGCGGUUUUGAGAAUUUUUUUAUUUAGACUGAAUAAACCUGGAUUGAUAUUGGAUCAUGUCACUAGUCUUCAUAGACGGUGAGGUAUGUAUCUUAAUGAUGAAAGGAAUUAAAAGUUCAUGCAGAAAGCCAAGUUUCAUUAAUCGUUGCACGGUCAAAUGCUAAUGAUUCAGUAAGUAGGUAUUUUUCAUUUUUUCUCAAAUAUUUGAUUGCUCGACAGUUAAUUUUAUGUCUUUGUUGCUCAGAUUCACACUGAUGUCCUCUUAUGACAUUUUUCAUCAGUGAUUAAGUAAAAGUAGUUCAUCUUCAAUUGAUUGAUCACACCAUAUUCACCUCCAGUGUUCGCCACAUUUUUGUGAUUUUGAGAAAAUUGAGUCAGAAGUCCAAAAAUUACAUUAAGUUUUAGUUAAGAGCUGAAAGUUGAAUUUUGAAGGAUCAUUUUUUUCUUCGAAGUGUAUCUGAAACAUGUUUUAAUUUAAAUCACCAAUAUCUUGAUUUUUUAAGAAAUGCUCCUUCAUUUUUUGAAGAUUUCAAUCAUCUCUCUCAUUUCUGAGUCUUACCAAAGCUUUAGAAUAUAACACUGGAGACAGACUAAAAAGAAUAAAAUUUAACGCACCAGAUUAAAGCAAAUUUUAUUUUAAUAUCCUUUUUUUUUAUACUACAUAAUCGCAUUUUGUUUGCGUUUCAUCCUCCAAUUUUCUGGUCACCCUAAUCAUUGUACGUAGCUCAGACCUCAGAAUGGUGUGUGGAUGGAUUUUUUGUUUUUUUCCCCCCCUCAAAAGCUGCACAUCCCUUGAAUACAUUCUUCGUUUAUUUUUGUUCUUACCAAGGGAAGAGGAAAUUCUGGAAGUUUACAUUUGAUCAACAUUUUGCUUUUGAAAUUCCGUGAAUUUUCUGCAAAUUUUUCUCUGAUGUGUCCAACUUGCAUUGAUUUGGAGUGCAUUAUUGUCAGGGAGCAAACACCUUUUUCAAAGAAAUGUUGGUUAAAGCCAGAGCUGCCAGACACCAAUCCAAUUUAAUCAGUCCAAAAAUCAAAGCAUCAUCUGCGAGUCAAGUCACAAACUUUGAAAAGGUCUCUGAAAGUUCUAAGGGUCAGAAAUUUUUGCACAAAUUACAUUUAAAAUUAACACACUGUUGCUGUUGUGUCAUGAAUAUGACGAUGUUGCUGAAUUCUACAAGUUAUGAUGAAGCUGUUCAGAUUAGAGUGGCCUCAAACUCUGAACUGAUGAACUGAUUUUAAGUUUCUCAGGACUUAAAACCUACUUUCAGAUUUCGAAUUCAGAUUUUAAAUUUGUAAGUCGUCCUCCUUAUUGUUUUAUUAGCUAUUUUAUUUAUUUAUUUUUUUCAUUUAUAUUUUGGGCAAGCCCAAUUGCAUCUUUUGCAAGAGUCAAACUUCAUUCAACAGGUAAUUUACCAAUCAUUUGUCCUCCAGAUUUAUUUGGCAGAUUUUAUGUAUGUACAUACUAUGUUUUGUAAAUAAACUUGACUUUUUUCAGUUAA